AUCAUCCUCGUAGAUUAAUUGUAUAUUACCUCGCAACCCGGCCAUAUUCCCCACAAGGAUUCAUCUCUCCGACUACGCCCAUACCAUUUAUCCAUAUUAUAUAGAUCAUGCGGCUUGGUCGGCCGUCGAUUUCUAGUUUCGCGUUGACGGUUGCGAGUGCUUGAUUUCCCCUCAGCGAUCUGCGAUGGCGCUGUGGAUCUGAGAUUCUGCAGUGGUGUUUCUCUCUUGGCAUCCUGAUAUUAGGAAUUAAGACGCACUGUUAAGAAGCCAUGGUUUCUAUGCGUGCGUGGUGUAGCUGGAUGUUUGUGGGCGGAAUUGUCGGUCUUGAAGUGAUGGCAGUCCCUUUAAUACCACGACGCACCCCCUCACGACCCAGCGACUCCCGCGACGACAAAGACCCCUUCAACCCCACCCUCCUCCCUGGCGUCGCCUCCGUCACCCAAUCAUCCCGCUGCAACAUCCACGGCACGCCGACCUCCCUCCUCGCCGACCGACGCUUCAACUCCGAUCUCCCGCCCGUGAAAGACGUCGUGCAAUGCCAGGCAGCCUGCCGCGCGGUGUCGCAGUGCCAAUCGUACGCGUUCACGCUAGGGGAAGCGCGGCAGAACUGCGUGUUCUACAUGGCGCAGGCGGAGGGGAACGUGGUGCCGUUUCCGGCGGAUAUGGACUAUGAUGAGAGGGCGGGGUGGUGGUUUAGUGACAAGUAUCCGUCGGAGAAGGUGGAUUAUUGUUAUCGGAGGGCGAAUGGGAGUGUUGGGAAGAGGGAGUAAUUAGGAUGGGGGACGAGGGUGUGAUGAGAUUGAACGGAAGUUGACUUGAUUUAAUGAAUUGGAUGAGACGUCGCACUGAAACAUCCCGAAACGUCCCAUCUCUUGUAUCUGAGCGUUGCCGUCCCUUGGAAUAUCAAUAAUUCCGGAGUAGACACGACGCAGAAUGCAGCAACCAGGCUUCAUGCGUUCGAGGCAUACCAC